CCACCCCAAUACUAUAUGCUCUUGGAAGAAGAUGAAGAUGCUUACAAGAAACAGUUCUCUCAAUACAUAAAGAACAGCAUAACUCCAGACAUGAUGGAGGAGAUGUAUAAGAAAGCUCAUGCUGCUGUACGAGAGAAUCCAGUCUAUGAAAAGAAGCCCAAGAAAGAAGUUAAAAAGAAGAGGUGGAACCGUCCCAAAAUGUCCCUUGCUCAGAAGAAGGAUCGGGUAGCUCAAAAGAAGGCAAGCUUCCUCAGAGCUCAGGAGCGGGCUGCUGAGAGCUAAACCAAACAAUUUCCUAUGAUUAUUUUUCAGAUAUAGACAAUAA